AUGGACUCACAAGAAAACCAUAAGCUAUGGGGUGGAAGGUUUGCUGGUAAAACCGAUCCACAGCUGGAAAAGCUGAAUUGUUCUUUGGACCUGGACAAGAGAAUGUACGCAGAAGAUAUAGAAGGAAGCAAAGCGUACGCACAAAGUUUGAAACAUAUCAAUCUAUUAACUGAGAGCGAAGCUAAUAGCAUUUGCGAAGGUCUGGAUAAAAUUAAAAUUGAAUGGGGCACAAAUGAAUUUGUUAUUAAACCAGGUGAAGAAGAUAUACAUACUACAAAUGAAAGAAGAUUGAAAGAAAUUAUUGGGGAACCAGCAACGAAGCUUCAUGUCGGUAGGAGUCGAAAUGAUCAAGUUACAACUGACAUGAAACUGUGGCUAAAGAGCAACUUAAAAAAUCUACAGGAAAAGGUUUGUGAAUUGAUAGAGGUGAUUGUUAAAAGAUCACUAAAGGAGAUUGAUGUGAUAAUGCCUGGAUACACGCAUCUUCAACGUGCUCAGCCAGUUAGGUGGAGCCAUUAUUUGUUAAGUCAUGCUUGGAGUUUGAAGAAUGACUGCGAAAGAUUAGAAAACAAUUUUGGUCUCCUCGAUGUGUUGCCUUUGGGUAGUGGAGCCCUAGCGGGUAAUCCGUUAAAUAUUGACCGUAAAAAAUUAGCAGAAAACCUUAAUUUCGCCCAGAUAACCGAAAAUAGUAUGCAGGCAGUCAGCGAUCGUGAUUUUAUAGCCGAUUUUCUAUUUUGGGCAUCAAUGGUAGGAAUUCACUUAAGCAGGCUGGCCGAAGAUCUCAUUAUUUUUAGUUCUAAAGAGUUCGAAUUUGUGACCAUUGCUGAAAGCUACUCGACUGGAAGUAGUUUAAUGCCCCAAAAACGAAAUCCCGACAGUUUGGAACUGAUUAGAGGUAUAGGUGGAAGUCUAUUCGGACAAUGUUGCAGUUUUAUGAUGGUUUUGAAGAGUUUACCGUCGACGUAUAAUAAGGAUCUUCAAAGCGACAAGGAAGCCAUGUUUACGACGUUUGACAAACUACAAUCAAUACUUGAGGUUACAACUGGAACCGUGAGGACAUUAAAAGUAAACGACGCAAAAUGUAAAUCAGCUCUUAGUUUUGAAAUGUUAGCUACCGAUAUCGCCUACUACCUAGUACGAAAAUCAGUACCGUUCAGAACAGCGCACCAUAUCGCUGGAAAAGUGGUAGCUGAAGCGGAAAAGAAGCUAGUGAACAUAUGUGAUUUGACUCUAGAGGAACUAAAAGAAAUAAGUCCCCAAUUUGAAAUAGAUAUUGGAAGAGUUUGGAAUUACGAAAACAGCAUUGAACAGUAUCAAGCUAUUGGUGGAACUGCCCGGAGUAGUGUACUGGAUCAAAUUUACAAAUUGGAUUCUUGGCUGGAGCAGAAAUAUCACAGGAACUGCACCAAAGAAAGUUAAUUUAUUUGGAAAUUUAAAUAAAUUUUUAUCAGAUGUU